AUGUACCGUCGGUUGCAGCGUCGCUUUGUGCCUGCUAGCCCUUUAUUUGCGCAGGCCUGCCCCCUUUCGACCGGCACGCCAUCAUCACCACCACCGCCAUCAUCGUCGCCGCCGAAGUUGUCGUCGGCAAGGUCGGCGAAUGGGGGGCUAGGUGUGGUCCACUUCACGGCGCGCAACAUUAACGAGGAGAUGUCGUCCAAGGUCCCGUUGUUUCUUUACUUCCACGUCACGAACAAUCCCGACGUCGCCGCGUACACCGAGCGGCUUACCGGGCAGGUUGACGCGGCGAACAGGCGGAUGCAGAGCAGCGGCAUUGCUGAGGCGUACCAGGAGUUCGGCAAGGACCGCGGCCUCGCCAUCAAGCUCGGCCUCGUUGACUGCGUCAAGGAGGCUGCACUCACGCAGCAGUUCAGUGUCGAUCCGCACAUGUUCCCGAUUGUGUACUUUGUCCGAAACAAGGUUUACGCCGACAAGAUGGUCGGUAUCGUGCCUGAGUCCCAGGUGAAGGAGGCGAUUGAUGCAUUCAUUGAGUACGCGAUGCAGGAGAGUAAGAAUGAGAUGAGCGGCACCUCUGUUUUCCAGAAGGUGAAGCGUAGCGACGAGUACGAUGAGAACGCCAUGACGCUUGUGAACGCCGCCCACACGCGACUGAAGAACAAGGACAUUCCCAAGGCCCGCGAGCUCUUCCAGAAGGCCUACGACAUGGCGAUGAGCGAGACGCAGGUGGCACGCGAGCGGCUCGGCAUUACGAAGGAGCGGAAUGUCACGAAGGAGAUGUGGGACCGUCUGAAGCGCGAGGGCUGCUACAACGUUGCUCCGCAGGCUCUCUGUGGGCUGGCGAUGUGCGCGAUGGUGACGAAGGACACCGCGGAGGCGGAGCGCAUUGUGCGGCGGAUACGCGAGGAGUACCCCUUCGCGACACGGGAGCUGCGCGACGUGGCGGAAGCGGUGGUGCGCAUCGAGCUUCUGAUCAUCACUGACUUUGAUGUGGAAAAGGACAACUACGUCUCGCUGCUGACGUACGAUGACCUGACCAACGACCCGGUCGCGCUGUAUCGCCAACGUCUCAAGCUCGCGGUCGCGCACUUUGUGGAGAAGCGUCACCACAAGGGCAUCGAGGAAUGCCUGCGCCUCAUCCGCGCGGAACCAAAGCUGCUACCGGCGCUGAAGGCUGGUGAUGUUGUGCCGAAGGACCUCGUGCUUGGCCCGCACGCCAAGACGCCUGCGCGUCAGGUCAUUCUCGGCAUAUUUGAGGCGCUUGGCAGCACCAACGAACACACCAUCAAGGGGCGGGAGCUGCUGCAGACGUACCUGUAG